GUGAAUUUUAAUUUCAAUGUUAUUUUAUUUCUUAUUUAAUACUUACUUACCUGAACAGUUUUAUAUCACUCCAAGUUAUUUAAUUCUGUCCACUUUCUUUUAUAUAUAUCUAACUUCAUUCUUAUACAGGUAAUUACUUGUCUGCACAUCUAACAUCUCCCUGUUUCAAUUUUAGGUCGAGGUCCUCCCAAUCAUUCCUUUGGCAGAUGUUGAGGUUGGUGAUUGUAGCUGGACUGAUGAGGUUAGUGACCCCCGUGUGGAAGCCAUGAUGCAGCUCAUAGAGGAGGGAACCGAAUUUAUACGUCUUAUGUUUGUAGGCGGGAUUCAAGGCUCUGCUGCUUCUAUGGUGCCUCCUUCUAGAGUGGUUAAGAAAGCGAAACGCAAAGUUAAUGUUCGGGUUGUUGAGGAUUCUGCUGAGACGUCCAAGUCCAAAAAAUCAAAGCUCCGGUUUGGAAGAAUUACAGGCGGCUGUGUCCUCGCAAAUCAAAGCUGGUUUGGAAGAAGGCCAGGCGGUGGUGUAUGCCAGCGUCAGUGUUGAUAUGAAGGCGAUGCAGUCGUGGUUGGAGAGCAAUAUAAGGGACACUGUCACCCAAGCCGUGGUUGAGUACAUGAUGAGUAAAGACACUCUCGGCGACGUCGUUAAAGACAUUGACGGUUACGCCAACAGUGUUGACAAAAGCGGUGGUCACACGCCUCCAGCUGUACAUGUUGUGAUCAACAAUGGAAAGGAGCUGGAACUCUCCCAAGUGCAAAGUGAACAUGAAAGUCGUUCUAAUUCAUUUGAACCAGUCUCGGGUGGUGUGGUUGUCGAGGAGGAGGUUGCCGCUCCUGUGCGGGAGAAACCACCUAGUGCUGUCUAUUCUACUACUGUGAAGUUUAAGAAGCUAAUUUCAAAGAUUGAUGCGGACACGCUGGUCGAUUUCAGUAAUGGGUUGGUCCUGAAGGGAAAUGAGCUACUCGCCAUACCCUCCAUUAUCCCCCCGGCUAAUCCGCAGGUCAUGGACUCAUGUGUGAGUGUGAGUGUCAUUAGGGAGUCUUUUUUCAAAAACAUCAACCCAGCCAACGACCCUAGGGCGGAAAUGUUACCUUGCAGGUUUUAUGGAGCAUUUGCAGCUGAAUACUCAAAGUUCAAGAAGUGUAGGCGUCAAGAAGGAUUCACAUUUAAUUUAGAUCUUGUUAAUUCUGUCACCGUGAGGUGCAAUGAGCUGGGGAAUGAAUGGUUGAAGGAUAUUGACUACUUGUAUUCUCCGUUUAACAUUGAUAAGAAUCGGUGGGUUGGGUUGGUUGUGGAUUUGCGCUUGCACACACUCACGGUUUUUUUACUGCACUGCUUCUGCUCGUCGUGCCUCAAGGCUAAAGCCCCAGCUUCAAUUUAUAUGUGAGAUGUUCCCAUACUUUGUCCGAUAUGUGGGUCGCAACGACCUUAUGACCAAUUUUUUGCUCGAGUCUUUAUCAUUCAUCAGGAACACCCAUGUCACCCAAGUAUCUGUCCGUGCCAACACCGGUAUCCUUUCCCUUCUUUUCUUGGAAGCACAUCAUGUUGGGGGUUCGGAGGAGGUUCGCCUUGUCAAUGAUGUUGGUAUCCGGCAGCGAGCUGAGCAGCUGGCGGUGGACAUGUAUGAGCACUGUCAUGGCGAGCUUGUAGACGACUAAGUUUCUAGAUACGGAUCCAUGGAUGAAAAUAGACUUUAGUUUUCGGGCCCUUUGUGGAUGUUUACGAAAACUUAUCGCGUGUAACUUUAACUUUUCUUUACUACUUUUGUUCGUCAUUUCACUCUAAUUCGCUACUUUUCAAAUUA